AUGAAAGCGCUUAAAGCUAUGUAUGGGAUUAAUGAAUACGCAGAAAAUGCACGCACUCCAUAUUAUGGUCCGGAUCGAGCCGCGAAGAGACGUCGUCUUGUUGGUUCGGAAAUUGACGUGAAUAAAGACGGAAGUAAGAUUGACCCGAAUGACAUAUAUGCAGGAUGUGCAGCGAAACCUGUACCAGGAGCUGUUGUUGUGUCGAAGUUCGAUCCGGUGAAACCUCUCAACGAAGCCAAUAAAGGAUUCCGGCUACUUCAGAGUAUGGGCUGGAAAGAGGGUGAAGGCUUAGGAAAGGACGGCAAGGGACGUCAGGAACCGGUAAGUGAUUUCUGUGACACUGCAUUAAACUUACUAUAA